UUGGCCGCGCUGCGAGCCGGAUGCGCGCGCAGUGCUGCGGGUCGGGCGCUGCUGGCACGCUGACCGAGGGCUCCCGGCAGCUGGCGGUGUGACGGCGCCGGGCGAUGGCUCGGGCUCAGCUGGGGCUGCCGAGCCCCUUCGCGCAGCCCCCGGUCGGACCGUGCCCCGACUCUGACUUUGACUCUGAUUCCGAGGAUGCGACCGCGGGCGGUGCAGGGCCCGGCGCUGGGCUGCAGAACCCCUCGCAGGUCAUCCAUAGUGGCCACUUCAUGGUGUCAUCCCCGCACCGCGACGCGCUGCCCCACCGGCGUCAGCGCCGCGCCGAGCCCUCGGCGGCCGAUCCGCGGAGCAUUGACCCGACCCUGACGCGGCUCUUCGAGUGCAUGAGCCUGGAGUACAGUGGGAAGCUGGUGUCACCAAAGUGGAAGAAUUUCAAGGGGCAGCGGCUGCUUUGCCGGGAUAAAAUCCGCCUCAACAAUGCCAUCUGGAGAGCGUGGUACAUCCAGUAUGUGGAGCAGAGGAAGAACCCUGUGUGUGGUUUCAUCACCCCCUUGGAGGGGUCAGAAGCUGAUGAGCACCGCAAACCAGAGGCCGUGGUGCUGGAGGGCAACUACUGGAAACGGCGCAUUGAGGUGGUGAUGAGGGAGUACCACAGGUGGAGGACCUACUACAAGAAGCGGCUCCGAAAGUCCAGCCGGGAGGGAGAGCUCUUCAGCCCGAAGCAGGACGAGGAUGCCUGGAAACCAACGGAGAAAUGGUGCAACCAGCUCUUCUGCAACGUGGUGCCCAUGCUGCUGGGGGACGAGGAGGAGGAGCCGGGGGGUAGGCAGCACUUUGACUUGGACACGUUCCUCUCGGACAUCUCUGACACCCUCUUCACCAUGACACAGAUGCCCAGCACCCACCAGGAGCUCCCCGAGGACGCGUAUAUUGGGAAUGCUGACAUGAUCCAGCCAGACCUGGCACCUCUGCAGCCCAGCUUGGAUGAUACCAUGGAGAUAUCAGAUAUUUUCAUCAGUCAUCGGCCACUGCCUGCACAGAUGCCGCUGGGCUAUCAGGAGCCGCCCUGCUUUGAGCCCCUCUAUGGCAGUGGAGGGACCAUGCCUGCCAACCCUGAUGCCCCGCUCCCACCCAACCCUCUCCUCCAGGUGAGCGGGACCCUAGCCCAAGACCUGUGGCCGCCAGUGCCUGAGCCACCCCUCCUGACACAGCCGUGUCCCCCACAGCCUGGUGACGCCACCCAACUCAGCCUCCACGGUGCCUUCUUUGGCCCUGAGCAGCCGCCACUGGCCCCCGAGCCCCUCACCGCUGUGCCUGGCUGCCUCAGCCCCCAGCUCAAACCCAAGCCCUUGCUGCAGUAUGGUUUCCCCAGCAAGUGCCUUGGCACGGAGCCACUCAGCCUCCCUUACACUGCCCCCAGCCAGGCCCCCGGCGCAUCAUUACUGGGCUCACAAGCACCGUUUUCCCCUGCCUCCGCACCCCACUCCAAGUUUCCCCUCACCACCUCGCCCAGCCCUUCGCUCCUUGCCCACCCUGCAUCCCCGCUGUCCGUACCAUGCUUGGCCCAGCACACCCCGGGCCUGGGCUACGCCAUGGACGUGGUGCCCCUAGGGUACCCCAGCCCAGCUGCGCCCCAGCACCUGCCCCCCGCCGCACCACCUGGGCCCAGGUUUGCUACCCCAAAAGGGCCGACCCUGGGUGAGCGGCCGAAGACGAAGGCCAUCAGCACGAAGGCAAAGAGGCCACCAGGUCCCCCUGUGACUCCACACCUGACAGUGUCCAACGCCUGCCUGACUCAGCUGCUGGCCACAGCCAAGCAGGAGCCAGCCUUCGAUGCCCCACAAGUGCAUGGCCCCACACUCAUGCCUGCGUCCCCAGCCUCUCCGCAGAGCGGUGUCCCCGAUGUUCCUGCUGUGUUCCUGCCCAGAAUGGCCCAGUUGUGCUCGGUGCUGUCUCCUGGCUCCAGCCCUUCGCAGGAGGUGCCUGUGAUGCAGGCAGGUGCUGCACCAGGGCCGCUGCGGGUCCCCAAGGUGGAGCGGCUCUCCCCAACAUCAGUCUGUGGCAGUGACUGGCCCAAGCCUGGCCAGGCAUCCCAAGGCGCUGCUCCACCACCCGGUACCACCAUCUCCCUGCACCACCCCCCAUCCCGUCGGGGCAGGCCUGACUCCAGCAAGGGAGAGGCCCAAGGCCAUCUCUGCUACCUGCAGAUGGAGAGCCGGCGCAUCACACACAUCUCUGCUGAGCAGAAGAGACGUUUCAACAUCAAGCUGGGUUUUGACACACUGCACAGCCUGGUGAGCACGCUGAGUGCCCAGCCCAGCAUUAAGGUGAGCACACAGUGCUGCACAGGCUGGUGCUGGGCAUGCAGAGACACAGGACAGCACUCGGUGAUUACAUGGUCCUGGGCUGCGCCAGCAGCCAGCAUGCACGGUGUUGUACCUAGGGCCUGUAGCCCGGUGCCAAGGCUCAGCAAUGGAGCACAUGGCCCCUUGUGCCCUACCUGCCCCAGGAGCUUCCUGCGCCAUCCCACCUCUACCACCCUGCAGGUCAGCAAGGCCACCACCCUGCAAAAGACUGCUGAAUACAUCUGCAAACUGCAGCAGGAGCGGGCAGCCCUCCAGGAUGAGGCACAGCGGCUGCGGGAACAGAUUGAGGAGCUCAACAGCUCGAUCAACCUGUGCCAGGAACAGCUGCCGGCCACUGGGGUGCCCAUCACACGCCAGCGCUUCGACCAGAUGCGCAGCAUGUUUGACAGCUACGUGCGCUCCUCCACACUGCACAACUGGAAGUUCUGGAUUUUCAGCGUCAUCAUCCGGCCCCUCUUUGAGUCCUUCAACGGCAUGGUGUCGACGACCAGCAUGGAGAGCCUCACGCAGACGUCCCUGGCCUGGCUAGAGCAGCACUGCUCCCUUCCGGCGCUUCGGCCCUCCAUCCUGAGCUCCCUGCGGCAGCUGAGCAUCUCCACCUCCAUCCUCAGCGAUCCCGCCCGAGUUCCCGAGCAGGCGGCGCGGGCCGCGGCCGGAGGCGGCCACUCCUAGCGCCCAGGAGCCGGGCCGGGCAGCACCGACGAGAGACAGCGGAGCAGUUCGGGAGAGGGAGGGAGGGAGGGAGGGAGGGAGGGAAGUGCCACCGCAACACCCUCGCAGCGCUCGCGGAACCCGGCCACGUCCGCACCAUAAAGCCCUCGGAACACCGCACCGCGCCGCUCCUCCUUCCGGCCGCGUCGGGCCAGCGGGGCGGGGCGGGGGCGGGGCCAGCAGGGAUGUGGGCGGGGCCAGGCGGGAGGGCGCGACACGGAGGGGCGGGGCCGUAGCUCGGCGCACGCGCGCUGUGUGUCGCCGCCCGGCGGC